AGCGACAAAACGAAACAAGUUGACUAUGCAUUUCAUCAAGAUUCUGGUAUUGGGUCUCUAUUGUCUUCAACUAAGGAUAAUGUCUGUAACAUGUUCUUGUGUCAAAUUUGGCACCAACUGCCUUUAUUGCAAUGCAACACAUUGUACUGAAUGCUCCCGAGGGUUUUAUGGAAGCGAUUGUGCGUCGCCAUGCAUUGGACAUUGCCAAUAUGACUGUUAUAUGCAAAAUGGUUCUUGUAGAGAAUGUACAGAUGGCUUCUAUGAAACCAAUUGUUCACUCCGUUGUUCAGACAAAUGUUCAGAAACGUCUUGUAACCGAUCUACUGGGGCUUGUACAGGCUGCAUUGCUGGACACUGCUCUCCUAGCACUGGAUGUAAAGAAAAAUGUAGUGGAAAUUGCUCCAAUUGUGACUUUGAAACAUGCAAGUGCAGAACCUGCAACCCUGGUGAUGAUUGUUACGGAACGUCAUCUACACUCCCUUCUACUGGCACAACUCCUUCCCCUACACACGGACAGAGCCUCAUUAAAAAUGACUGUUCUGCAGCGUAUUGGAUCGGCACUACAGUUAACUCGGUGUAUGUGGUUCUCUGGUUCAUCUUCUACCGCUUUGAACAGAUAUUAUGGGAAAAAAUUCAGCAGUUAAGGUGUAAAAAGACGCGAGGCGAACAGGGGAAACGCACUGAUCCAGCGGGACAACCCUUGGCCGACGACACAAUAGAGAAAAGGUUUCAGGAAAUACCGAAUGAUGAAGACGACGAAGCCGCUAGCGUUGCUUUGGAGAACAAGGCCAAAAAUAACAACAGAUAUUCGUAUCCAUAUGAUUGCAAUCGUGUCAGACUCUCAAAUGACGAGUACAUCAACGCAUCUCUUGUAAACGGUACCAAUUUGGGAGUUUCAAGGUCUUACAUAAUCACGCAACAACCGAUGAAGAAUACCAAAGAUUCCUUUUGGCGUAUGAUUUGGGAACGACACGUUGGUACAAUUGUUGUCUUGUCAACAAAACCAACCAAUGAGGUUGAUCGGAAGCUGAGAGGGGUAAACUGUCAAGUAGACUUUGGGCAAAUUCGUGUACAAACGAACGGAACUCUCACCAAGAAGACGUCAUACACAGUUCGGAAACUCAAGAUACAAAAAACAACAGAGCACGGCAUAGAGAGGGAUGUGAAUCUCUACCUCUUGCACAACUGGUAUCGGAAGAGCAGCUUAUGUGAUUUUCUGAAGGAAAUGAGAAACGUCUCAAGCUUUAAAAGCAACGAAUCACCAGUAACAAUAUUUUCGAGCGAGGGUGAAGGACCUGCUGCUAUUUUUGUUGCCUUGGAUUACCUCAUGGAAAGGAUGAACCAUCCUCCACUUGACAUGUAUGGAUGUGUCCACGAUCUAGCUUCGCAGAGAAGAUGCAUGUUUCCAGAUACGACAACAGUGAAGAGACUGAGGGAGUGCUAUAUGUUUCUCCAGAAGGAGAAAGAUGUGUCAACAUUAACAUCAAGAUCAACAGGACGAAAAUGUUGGAUCGGAUUUUUGGUGACGGGGGCAAUACUUGUCUAUAUUUUGCUGAACUGGACGAUUGCAAUCAAUCUGUAAACCUAUAUAAGGCAAUUCAUGUGUGUCAGUAUGUAAGCAGCAAUGCAUUCGUGUGAAGAAAACUUCGAAUUUUGAACAGGAUAUAAAACAACACACAUUAAAAAUGAUUGAAUGUUUCACCAUAUAUUUUAAAAUAAGCAUUGUGGGCAUGUGUUUCUAGAUUUUUCUACCAAAUUAUAAAUACACAAGUGCGUUGGAGAGAACCUUAAUUGAGAAAGUGUGACAAAACUCUAGGAGCGGACCAUUUUUGGGGUGGUGGUUGUGUGUGUGUAUGUGUGUGUGUGUAAAAACAAAAGCUCCUAGAUUUGUGUAAACAAAUGCAGUCUCCAUCUCUGCUUGAAAAGAAUAACAGCCAGUAUCGACCACAAAAUGGCCAUCCUCAUCAACACAAAAUCAUUCGUGAGCAGUGCCAUAAUCUUUGACAGAGAGACAUGACAAUGAGAGACAGUAUGCCUCUAACCCUUAUUUAUUUAUAAUCAUUUCAUCUAUAAAUCUUCCAUUUCAAGAGACCAUAACAGUUUUUGGCAAUUUAGCAUUAUAUACCCAUGCUUGGAAACUGACAAGCAAAGGAAACGUUACCAAUCAACAAGAAGAUACUUGUGUGGUCAAAAGACAUGAAUUAACAACAUCAUUCCAAGUAAUGUCAUGGGAAUCAAGUUGGCCUAAAAUGUACUCUAUUGCAGUUUGAGAUGCAUCAGUUGUGAAGCUGAAGGGUUUUUGUGGUCCGGAUGCAAGGUUUGGGGCAUGUUGGCAAUUGUUGGACCAUUUGAAAGACUCAUCAUUUUUCAGAAGUUUGUAUAGAGGGAAGCCGAUGCCAGAAAGGUUCGCACAAAUUUGUAAUAAUACGAGGCCAAAUCUAAGAAACGACACAAGUCAUAGACAUUUUUAGAGGGCGUGAUCUGUGUGAACGAAUCUAUUUUUGAAGGAUCGACAAUGGUGCCAUCGUGAUGAAGAUAUGCCCUAAGUAGGUGACUAGUUUUGUUGCGAAUUUACAUUUGCCUGGUUUUAGAUAGAGUCCUGCUUUUUUUAUCUCUGGGAAUACUUCCUUGAGGUGAUUCAAAUGUUCAAAAAACGUUUUAGAAAAUAUUAUGUAAUCUACAUAUAUUAGUAUGUAACGCCAAUUCAUUUCUUUAUUGCCUCUGAAAUGGUUUGCAGAAUUGCCAUAGGAGCAUUUUUGAGGCCGAAAAGGGAGGAGAUUCCAUCGAAAAACUCCAUCGGUUGUAAUUUAGGCCGACUUAUGUUUUGCAUCUGGUUGCCAAAAGCCACUAGCACCAUCAAACACACUAUAGAUAUUGGCAAAAGUGGUAGAGGGAGAAAAAUAGAUUUGUUAACUGCAUUGAGGCGUCUAUAAUCUACGGCAAAGCGGUAAGAGCUAUCAUGUUUUUUAACCAUGACAUUAAGAGAGUGCCAUUCAGAAGAACUGAGCUUGCACUUGUCCUAAUGGGUGAGUUGUGCCUAUAAAAAGGGAGUCUAAUGGGUCUGGUGUCACCUGUUUCUAUUUUAUGAUGAUGUCAGUGAGUGUGUCAUUAUUCUGACCAGUCUCAGGCAAAAACUGAUCUUAGUGAUUGGAGAAAUGCAUGAGUAUGUGGACUUUCAAUAUUUAUGAAAUGCUAAUGUAAUGACGUUCAUGGGUAUUGUUAUGUUGUAUGACUAGUCGUGGUGUCGGCCAAGGUUGCCGCCUCACCAACACCAUCAACGUUGAAGUAUCGUCUGUCUCCCGUCCAUCCAGUGUGCCUAUAAUGGACCAUCUGCCUGGUGACUAUCAUUCCAGCUACAGACAAAACUCCUUGCAACGUGGUCAUGCGUUACUUCUUGAUGUAACAUACAAAUGGCUUGUUCUUAUUUUAGUACCAUCAAUCUUAGCAUGUUAUUUGUCACCGUCCAGUGGUUUGGGUGUGAAUAACCAGUACAUCGUUCCUUUCAUAUCACCAUCUUUGUAGGCUGGCAUGCUGCAAGUGCAGCAAAGGUUUCACUGAUCUGGGUGAUCUAGCACGUUCAUUACACAGCAGGCUGGUUGUGGUUAGGCGAUUGAUUCUCAACCAUUUUGUUACAUUAUUCGGGGUUUGUACAAAACGUGUCCAACUUUCAGUUUGGUAAUGUUUAUCUUUACGUCUGUUUACAUCAAAAGUAAUGCUCCUUAUGUCCAUCAUCCCCAAUCUUAGAAAUUGAAAAGUACAUUCCUUCAGUAGAUGUGAGUACAAACAUGUCAUGUUGACUGGGUUUAUCAGCAGGUGUUACUUCAGAAAUGCAAUGAGAUAUGGCCUAAUAUUAACAUGGAAGAUGAUAUAGUCAGAACUGAUUCUAUUUUUUCAAGCCAGUUAUAAGUAAAUAUGUGUGCCAAAACCUGUAAACGUAUUUUAGAUA